AUGUGUGGUUCGGCUGGUACCAAACCGAAUAUUGUCGUGCUCUCCGACACUUCAGCCCCUCGACAUGUCAUACGCCGCCUCGCAGACCGACCAACCGACCGACCGACUCAACCAUGCGCCGGUACCAAAUGUAUCUGUUUCACACUUGUCCAAUCUGCUCUCUCCGUCUUGACAUCAGUUGGGGUGGGGUUGGGAGAGGGAGAGAGUAGGCGGAGUCGUCGAGGUAAGCUUUUGACAGCCGCACUAAUUAGACCUGCUGGGCUCUAUUUUUCAACCUUUCUCCCGCGUUCCCUUCACGUCGCAGACUCUCGGGCAGCACCGAAGCCCACUUUCUCAUUCUUAUUCAACCGGAUGACUCACGAGUCUAAAUUGUCCAGACUGGCCGAAUAUGAAGAGCCUGAAGACGAAGUUGACAUAACCAUUGUCUGA